AUGAACAACAAGUUUGAAGCGUUGAAGGCUGAAGAUAGUGGGGAAGAGGAGGAGGAGACAUUCAGACCAGCUCCGAUACCAGGAGAAGGAGAACACCCUCUACAAUACAACUAUGCCUUGUGGUUUUCCAGAAAGUCACAGACCAACAAAACAGUCCGAUACGAUCAGAACCUCAAGUUUAUUGCUUCAUUUGCAUCGGUAGAGCAGUUCUGGAACAUCUACAGUUACAUUGUGAGGCCAGGUGACAUGUCUGGCCAUGUCGACUACCAUCUGUUCAAGGAAGGGAUCCGACCGAUGUGGGAGGAUGAAGCCAAUAAACAUGGUGGGAAGUGGGUGAUACGUUUAAAGAAAGGUUUGGCAUCAAGAUGUUGGGAGAACCUCAUCCUGGCCAUGCUUGGUGAGCAAUUUAUGGUUGGGGAAGAGAUCUGUGGCGCAGUGAUCUCUAUCAGAUUUCAGGAUGAUAUCCUGUCCCUGUGGAACCGCAGCAAUGACCCAGGCAUCGUUUCUCGCAUCAAGGACACUCUCCAACGUGUGCUCAACCUGCCGCCCAACACUAUCAUGGAAUACAGGGCUCAUACAGACAGCAUGAAGGACAACACAAGUUUCAGGACUACAGACCAUUUUAAGAGAUGA